CCGGUAGCUGCUCAAUUAGGCAGCUCUCCAUAUGUCGGCUUUCUCUUCAUCCAGCCGACAUUCACUCACAAUGCGGCAGAAUUUCGUAGCCGCACAGGAACGAGAAGAUGGGCACACCCAUGUGUUGCUAAUAACCACAGGCAGCGUUGCAUCCAUCAAAGCACCCCUGAUAGUCUCUGAGUUGCUCUCAUAUCAGAAGGUCAAGAUCGAGGUAGUCUCCUCGAAACCGUCCCUGGCUUUCUUUUCCAAAGCGGACGUGCAGAAAGCGGGAUCCCGUGUGUGGACGGACGAUGAUGAGUGGGAUGACAAGUUCGAGAUAGGUGACCCCAUCUUGCACAUUGAACUGCGCCGAUGGGCGGAUAUUGUCCUUAUUGCGCCUUGUUCUGCAAACACGUUGUCUAAGAUUGCCCAAGGGCUGUGUGACAACCUUAUAACAUCGGUCUUGCGUGCACUGGCUCCUACAACACCUACAUACGUAUUCCCUUCCAUGAACACGCUCAUGUACGAGCAUCCGCUCACUGCGGAGCACAUCCGCAUUCUGAAGGAAGUAAUCGGGUACAAUGUCGUAGGACCCAUCGGAAAGACUCUAGCCUGUGGAGACGUCGGACUUGGUGCGAUGACAGAAUGGCGAGAUGUUGUACGGAUAGUUGUAGACCGAUUUUCGCUGGUGAAGGCGAGUUGAGGGGCCCUUGAAAUGUACCAUAGCUUUCUUAGAAUAUAUGCCUCGCUAUACGAGCUAUAUAUAUUUUGUGAAUGCUGCGAUCUCCGUUGAGCGGAUUG